AUGAUGCAGUUUUACAAAGACAACCAGACGGAAGGGAUUCCUGGGAAACUCACUGACACUUGGUAUAUUGCUGGGAGCAUGUUCAUGACCUUGAUUCAAUACUGGCACGCCUCCAAGGAUGAUUCAUACAACAAGGUCGUCUCCCACGACUUAAUGUUCCAGUCCGGGGAGAAUCACGAUUAUUUCUCCUCCAACUACAGUCAAUGGCUGGGUAACGAUGAUCAAAUGUUCUUCGGAUUGGCCGCCAUCACGGCUUCGGAGACCGGGCUUCCGGGGAUCGACGGCAAGCCGUCAUGGACGUCGCUGGCUCGGGCCGUUUUCAACAUGCAAGUAGGCCGAUGGGACAAGACCACCUGCGAUGGGGGAAUUCGAUGGCAGAUCUGGCCCUACCAGGCUGGAUACACGAUGAAGAACUCGGUCUCCAACGGCGGGCUCUUCGAGCUGUCUGCGCGACUAGCCCGGUUCACCAAGAACGACACGUACGCCGACUGGGCCGACAAGAUCUGGGACUGGUCCGUGACAACGCCUCUGAUCAAUGAGAAGACCUGGUUCGUGGCGGACUCGACCUCGAACGAGGCCAAUUGUAAAGACGCCGGCCGGACGCAGUGGACUUACAACUACGGUGCCUACCUCACCGGCGCGGUGUUCAUGUACAACUACACCAACGGCGAUGCGAAGUGGGAGAAGCGGGUCGACGGGCUGCUCGGGUCCACCCUGAAGACCUUUUUCCCGCAAAAGUUUGGUGGCAACAUCCUGUCCGAAGUCGCCUGCGAACCCAUCAUGACCUGUGACCGAAAUCAACUCGGCUUCAAGGGCUACCUAGCCAUGUGGCUGGCGUUCACGGCAAUCCUCGCUCCCAAGACCGCCGAGCAGAUCAUCCCCAAGCUCCAGGGCACCGUCGUCGCCGUGGGAAAACAAUGCUCCGGAAAGUCGGAGAACCUCUGCGGGAGCCGAUGGUACCAGCCCAACUGGGAUGGCAUCGAAGGCCUCGAAGUCCAAAUGGCCGCUCUGGGCGCGGUCACGUCCAACUUGAUGAUCAUGGAGUCCCAGAGCCCCAACACCAUCGACACGAACCCCGAUGCGGAAGAACACCAAAUCGACUCGGGCAAAGACGACGAUCCCAACAAGCUGGAUCCGAUCAACACGGGUGACCGCGCGGGCGCAUGGAUCCUGACUACUAUCAUGGUGAUCGCCAUUGGCGGCGCGGUGGGCUGGUUGAUCAAGUCAUAG